AUUGACGUUGAGUUUAAAUUGUAAUUAUCUGGCAAUCCCGGGGCAACAAAGAAAAUUCGACUUUUCACGCCUACUUAAUCCGUUUUUCUAUCUUCAUAACCUAUCCGUUUUCUUUUUCACUAAUAUGUCACUGCUUAUAAGAUAUGCUAGGCUGAUCCCAACACAAAGAAUAGCUAUACCAAAAACGAAGUAUACCCGGUGUCCCUAUAGCACUAUAACAGCAACAACAACAACAACAAUCAAUACGAAUAUCAAUAAGCGAGUAGUCGCAUUACCAACAAAAGUCAAUGAAAUGAAAUUGCGCUGUACUGAAUUUGACAAGUCUGGCUCCAUUCGAAUCACAGCAGGAGAGUUUUUGAAAUCAGACUUUUGUCAACACCAUUCCCUUUUACCUCGAGAUCUACGAACGAUCGAUACCUAUUCUGUUUAUCAAAAACCGACAAUACUUGUCAGACCAGAGGCUAUUCUUAUCAAUAUAUCUCAUAUCAAAGCACUAUUAAAAAGCGACAUGGUUGUCUUGUUUGAUGCGUUUGGAUCCAUGGAUAGUUACAAUCAAAGUCUAUUCAUUUUUGAUUUACAAGAACGUUUAAAGUCAUCAAAGGAAGGAUUACCAUUUGAAUUUAGAGCAUUAGAAGCCAUAUUGAUAUCAGUCACUUCAUCUUUACAAUCUCAACUGGAAGUAUUAGAAGGUCCAGUGAACAAACUAUUGAGUGAUUUAGAAGAUUUGGCAGACAUUGAAGAGUCUAUGAGCGGAGAUAAACUGAGUGAUUUACUAAAGUACUCGAAAAAGCUGGCCAAGUUUGAACAAGAUGCACUGUCUAUUCGUGAUGCGCUGGAAGAUGUGUUGGAUAAUGAUGAUGACCUUGCUGCCAUGUACUUGACAGAUAAGAAGACAGGUAAACAUAGGGCAGCCCAUGACCAUGAAGAAGUAGAACUACUGCUAGAGGCAUAUUACAAGGAAACAGAAGAAAUUGCUGCCAAGGCUGCGACAUUAAGACAGCAUAUGAAAUCAACAGAAGAAAUCAUACAGCUUAUUCUCGACGUGUCACGUAACUCGCUGAUGUGGUACGAUAUUCGCUUGACAAUUAUCACGCUGUCAGCCAGUAUCGUAAGUGGAUAUGGUGCUUUGUUGGGUAUGAACUUGAAGAAUCAUUUUGAGGAUGAUCCUUUUGCAUUUGGAGUCGUUUCAGGCUUAGCUUUGAUAUCAGGCACAGGUGUAUUUGCCAUUGCUCUGAAGAAACUUAGAUCAUUAGCCAAGAUAAAACCUUAAAAGAAAGAAUAAAUAGCAUAGAGA